CUAGGGAGAGAGGGAGAGGGGUGUCCAGCCAGGUAGGGGACCGAAAGGGGAAGGAAACCAGAACAGGUGGCCUGCGGGCUUGCCUGUCGAUUUGAGCCCCCCCGCGCGGGAAGAAAGAACAAGAGCGCUGAUCAGAGGGAGGAGCAGGAGGAACAAAGACGCCAAUGGCGCCGCCCAGUAUUCCCACUGUACUAGCAUGCAGUAUCUGUCUCUCCAGUGCCAAUGUUGAUAUCUGAAACCUGCACAUGGUGGUAGCCCUUCAAAAGAGGCAGAAAGCAGAAGAAUCACUUUUUAUCUCCUGAGUGGUUCAUGGUUAUGGAUCGUGCUGGUUGGCUCUGGAGGCGCAAGUCGUCGGAUAAGAGUCCCGGGGGUAGCGACAGCUCUAUGUCUGUGUCAUCACAUUCCGAGCAGUGCUCUGACGAUCAGGGUCAAUCUCCUGAAGCCUCUUCAAGAAAUAAAUAUGAUUGCAGCCAAGAAACUGGAACUGCAAGGUCCUUGAACGGCAAGCUAGCAGCAGGGAUGAAUUUAAAUGAUUCCAGUCCAGAGCAUGGUCAAUCAGUAGGACCACAUGUAUCCUCCAAUGUCAGAGAUGAAGAGAUCAAGGAGACCAUGAGGAGUUUAAACGAGAAACUCUCUGCUGCACUUCUGACAAUUAGAGCAAAAGAGGACUUGGUGAAGCAGCAUGCUAAAGUCACAGAAGAGGCUGUUGCAGGUUGGGAACAAGCUGAAGCUGAAGUUACUGCUCUGAAGGGGCUACUUGAAGCUUCUUGUCAGAAGAAUGCUUCUCUCCAGGAUCAAGUCAGCCACCUAGAUGAGGCCCUCAGGGAAUGUGUCAGGCAACUGCGGCUGGCCAGGGAAGAACAAGAGGACAAGAUCCGUGAAAUAGUUUCCAAGAAGUCUCAGGUGCCGCAGUCUGAAAACUCUGAGCUCCAAAACCAUAUUGCAGAGCUAAAAAAGCGGCUGCAAUUGACCAGAUUAGAAGCAUCAUCGUCCAUGCUAUUACAGCAUGACCUACAAGAAAAGCUUCAGGUAAUUGAGAAAGAGAACUUGGACCUUAAGGCCAAGCUUCAGGCAAUUGAGAAAGAGAAUAUGGAUCUCAAGGCCAAGCUUCUCGUACAGUCCAAGGAUCUGAAGAUACUAAUGUUGGAAAGAGACCUGAGCAACCAAGCAGCGGAGACAGCAAGUAAACAGCACUUGGAAAGUGUUAAAAAGAUUGCAAGGGUUGAGGCAGAGUGCCGCAGAUUACAGCAUCUAACUCGGAAAAUAACACUGAUCAAUGAUUCUAGGCCUACACAAAACAAUGCUUGCAUGGAAUCACUGACUGACAGCCAGUCCGACCAUGGGGAGCAUAUGGUGGCUGUAGAUAAUGAUCUGCGAAAUUCUGACUCAUGGGCAUCGACUUUGAUUGCAGAGCUUGAUCAGUUUAAGAAUGGCAAGGAUGGUUCAAGAAAUAUUGUGAACAAUCCUGUUGAGAUUGACAUAAUGGAUGAUUUCCUUGAGAUGGAAAGGUUAGCUGCAUUGCCUGAAUCAGACCGCACAAGCUCUAACUUUGAAAUGGAAACAGAUUCUGACAAGGCUGUGGCAAGAAGCUUCUCCUUGAAAGUUGAAACUGAAGAAUUGCAAAACCAGGUCACAGAUUUGCAAGAAAAGUUUGAUGCCAUUGAAAGUGAGAAAAGGGAGCUUGAGAUGGCACUUAUGGAGGUUAGAAAUCAGCUUGACAUUUCCUGUGAUGCACUAGUGGCGGCAAAGAACAGGCUGGUCGAAAUGCAAAUGCAGUUGGACUUGGCAAAUAACUCCAAACUUGCAGCUUUGGAAGAUGUGGAGCGUCUGGACUCUGAGAAGAAGGCUUUGGAGUUGCAGUUGGAGUCCAAGUCUGUAGAAGUUGAGGAGCUACUUAUGGCUGUAACUUCGUUGGAAAAGAAUGCAGGGCAGAAAGAGUUAGAGUCGCAGUUAGAACUGAUGUCAGCACAAGCCACAGAGCUUCACCUUACUAUGGCAUCAUUAGAAGAGAGAAUUCACACCGAGAGGGCUCUUUCUGUGCAGCAUAAAGAAAAGGAGGAGGCUGCGUUGAAUGCUAAGGAAGAACUGGAAGCACAGCUAUGUUCAGCAAACACUGAAAUGGGGAAACUGCAUGACAUUGUCAAAGCACUAGAGAAUGAGGUCAAAAAGGAGAAGGCAUUGCAUGAAGAACUAACAGCACAGUUACAGGUGAAGAUGGAAGCAACUGUUGAUGCAGUUAAACAAUCAUUGGAGGGGCAGUUAUGUUCAGCAAAUGCUGAGGCAGGGAAUCUGCGAGAUGUUGUCAAAGGGCUUGAGAAUGAGGUAGAAAAAAAGAAGGCAUUGCAUGAAGAGCUUGCAGCACAAAUAGAGGUGAAAACUGAAGCAGUAAGAACUGCUGAGGCUGUUAAAGAAUCCUUGGAGUCAAAGCUGUGUUCAGCAAAUGCUGAAAUACAGAAACUGCAAGAUGUCAUAAAAGCUCAACAGAGUGAGUUAGAAAAAGAGAAGGCACUUUAUGAGGAACUCUCAGAGCAGUUAGAGAUGAAGAUUCAAGCAGAGAGAACUCGUUCUGUGGAGUCUGCUAAAGAAUCAUUGGAGGAACAACUCCAGUUAGUGAACUCGGAAGCUGCAAACCUGCGUGAUAUGGUGGCUGCACUUGAGCACGAUGUGGAAAAGGAGAAGGCAUUUUCUGCAGAGCUCCAGAUGCAGCUAGAAGCUCUAGAGGCUGUAAAGAAGGUGUUGGAGUCAGAGGCAGAAUCUGCACUUCAGGAUGCCAGAAAUCUCAACCAGAAGGUGGAGUUAUUGGAAGCAAAACUCGAGGAGCAGAUGUCAUCAGCUGAAGAAUUCACUACCAAGGCAGAGGCUUUACAAUCAGAGAGGAUGGCUAAGGAGCAAAAACUUAAAACAGCAGACAGGGAACUCAUAAAACUGACAAACAAGGUGAGCUUGCUCCAUAGGGAGAUCGAGCAGGAGAGAUUGCUGUCAGAAGAAUAUGAACAGAAAUGUCAAAAACUGGAGGCUCAGCUGUCAAGAGAUAGUCGGGACGCGAAGCUCUGGCGGCUUGCAAACUCGAAUGGAGAUCUGAAGGUUAAAAAGGAGAAGGAGCUUGCCAACGCAGCUGGGAAGCUCGCGGAGUGCCAGAAAACGAUUUCUUCUCUAGAGCGUCAACUGAAAUCACUGACAGAGCUCGACAGUGUGGUGCUGGAGCCUGAAAGGUUUGAAUCCAGCAGGGACAUGCCAUUGCCACUGGACUUCAGAAAUGGCGAUGCUGAAUUCGCGAUGUUUGCAGAUGACUUAUACAACUUUGAGCUUCCGAACUGCAACACAAGCUGCUUUUCUCCGCUCCCGUCGAUCCAGCCCUCGUCCCCGCCCUCAGAGAUGUCAGUGUUCGCGGGAGGGCUGUCAACUCUUAGCAGUUACAGAAGCAAAAGAGCAAGUAGGAGGUGACCGAAAAAGACUGCCCAGAUGCCCUAUACUAACAGAGUUCAUGGAUGCGGUCAUGUGUAGAUGUAGGUAGGUCGAUGUACAUUCACAGAAACUGAUUGUUAGAUUUGUGUGCUGAAUUCCAUCCAUUCCAGCAUGCUCAGUUUUUAUAGCCUGCUUGAUGAGGUCUUACUGUAUCCGUGAACAGUGAUUGUGGUUGUUUGCCGCAAAAUGCAUGUAAACCUGCUGGUAUCUGUGUGUGAUCCCUGUUGCAGGAAAGUGCAGAGGAAAGUAGAAAUUCAAUGUUCAUCUGGUUUUUGCA